AUGCUGUUGAUGCGGUUUCCCUGUCGUGGCUACCAUGAUCUUUAUCUGUUGGGUGGACCGGAGUGCACAACGUUCCAAGAGGCUGCUCGCAUGCAAGGUUUACUCGAUGACGAGCGAGAGUACUCGGACAGCCUGGUUGAGGCCCAUUCAUUCAUGACCGGGUACAGGUUGAGGUCAUUCUUUGUCAUGUUGUGCUCAAUCGGUGCUCCAGCAUUCAGCCUGUGGGAGCAGCACAAAGACCUUCUGUCUGAAGAUUUGUUUGAGGGGGAAGAGAAUCGAGAGCGUGCCUACCAGGUCGCUCUCAUUCAGAUCGACAGAGGGCUUAGGCGGCAGGGAAGUAGCGUCGUCGAUCACGGGCUCCCUGAAGUGGAGGACCUCAUGACAGAGUUGGGCAGGGAGCAAGUAGGCUACGACAGGACCGCCUCGGCCAAUUAUGUAGCCGAAUGGCUGCCACGUUUGUCAGCUGAACAGCGCAGCGUAUUCGACUACGUGUGCGCCUUGGUGGAGGGGUCUGAAGAUGCUCCCGAAAACAACGGCAUGUUUCUCGAUGCACCCGGCGGAUCGGGGAAAUCCUUGCUGGGAUCCGUUUUGGCAGCACACUUCAGGUCGAAAGGCCUCAUUGUCCUCUGUGUCGCUUCGUCCGGUAUUGCCGCUAGUGUGUAUGUGUGUGGGAUUACUGCCCAUUCCAUGUUCAGGUUCCCUCUGAGUCUCGAUGAUGACCGUGGUGUUUGGGGCAUCACCAACGGAUCACAGAGGGCGGAGCUUGUAAGGGCGGCACAUCUCAUUAUAUACGAUGAAGUGAGCAUGGCACACCGGUUCCUCAUUGAAAUGUUGGAUCGAGGGCUCCGUGAUCUGUGUGAUCAAACGAAGGUGUUUGGAGGAAAACCGGUCCUAUUGGCUGGUGAUUUUAGGCAGUUGGCACCGGUGGUGCGUGGGGCAGAGACGGCCAACGAGAUCUGUGCCGUGUCGCUCAAGUCCUCACACAUUUGGCCAGCUCUCCACAAGAUGGCCCUCACCGUCGGCCAGAGGUGCACUGACGCAGUGUAUUCCAACUUUGUGCUGGAGGUUGGAGAUGGAACAGCUGUGGAACAUACGCUGCCUGAUUUGAGUGCGGGGGAGCGGGUGAUUGCUCUGACAGGCAUAGAGCAUGUUCCCACUGUGUCAGCCUUGAUUCAGUCUGUCUUUCCUGACGAAUUACUUGACGAUCCCGACGAGUGUGCUGGUCGCGCUGUCUUAGCGCCACACUUGGUCAACGUUCGAAGCGUCAACGACACAAUCCUGGAGUCACUGUCUGGUAUUGAUGAGCCUCAGUACAGUGCCGACGCUUUGGACGCAGAGGAAAGAGAACUCGGUAAUGAGUUCUUCGAUAUGGACACACUAAAUCAAGCGUGUGAGAGUGGUGUUCCACCGCACGUUCUGCACCUAAAGGUCGGUGCCGUGUGUGUGAUCAUCAGGAAUCUCAAUUUCGAGGAAGGUCUUCUUAACGGGACAAAGGUCAUCAUUGUCGAAAUAGGCCAGAGACUUAUAAUAGUGCGGCGCCCUGGAAGUCAGGUUCGCUUUGGAAUUCCACGCAUUAUUUUUAAGUUUCCCGUGUUCCCUCGGAGUGAAUUUAUGAUGUCUCGUCGUGCUUAUCCUCUGCAGUUGGCUUACGCAAUGUCCAUUCACAAGGCACAAUCUCAAACCAUUAACAAAUGCGCAGUAGAUUUGCGUUCUUAG